AUGCUGACAGCUAGAUCAGAUGGCUUCAAACUUCCUCCUUUCGUUCUUCUUCCCCGUAAAAGGCCUAUACCAGAAAUUGAAAAACUUUUUAAAAAUAAAUUGAAACUUGUUUGGUGCGGAAAAAAUUGGAUGGACAAUGAACUGAUAUCAAAAUACCUGGAGGAGGUUUUAUAUAUAUAUAUAUAA